CGAUGUAUUACCUACCGUGCUCCGAUUUAGGGUGUCUUCAGUUCCUCGAGGUUAUUGUAUUCAAAAGUAUCAUAUUUAAAAGAAAUAUUCGCUAUGUAAUGUAUGUAUGAUUCUAUUAUAUAUCACCAAUAUUUGAUGUGACAUUAAACUGAUAAGGAAUAGUUUGUUUACGUUUGUAAGUUCUAGUUUCACUUUCAUUUUGAAUAUUGUUCCACGAAAAGACCAGCAGGGUGUGCCUACUUACAUCAAGCAAGCAUAUGACGUCCGGUCUACUUAUCGGGUGACAAAAUGAUUUUUUUCUAGAAAUAUUUGUUGCAAACAUUUCUUCAAACAUGACCGAACGUCUCUCGCGUUUUCUAGCAAAGCUACUUCGUCACGAUGCUCGCAAAAGAGGCCUUGAAGUUACAUCAGAUGGAUAUGUCAAUAUAGAUGCUAUUUUAGAGCUACCUGAGGCCAGAAAUUCCUCAGUAACGGAUAUACAAGAUAUUGUAAAUAAUGAUAAGAAAGGAAGAUUUAAGCUGUGUGGAUUACAGAUAAAAGCAACACAAGGUCACUCAAUGCAGUUACAUGCUAAUGAUGAUGAUGACCUUACACCCAUCACCCACCUAAGUGAAGCUAGAGUGGUCCUUCACGGUACGCGGAGUCGAUACUGGGAUUCUAUUAAGGAGACAGGGUUGUCAAGAAAGAGAAGAACACAUAUUCAUUUUGCUCAGGGAGAACAUGGCCAAAAAAGUGGUUUCCCCCCUUAUUGUGAUAUGGCGAUAGAGAUCAAUCUGGGAAAGGCAUUAAAAGAUGGAAUUAAAUUUUACAAGUCAGAAAAUGGUGUCAUUCUUAGUCCUGGAAAUUCUUUUGGUGUCAUUUCAAAGAAAUAUUUCAAGAAAGCUUACAACCUUCGCACACGAGACGAACUUUCACUGGACUAGACAGAAUUAGAUCAAAACUUAACUGGACUUUUCCCCCCCGAGAAUUUUUGAAACUGUAUGGUUACCCUGAGACAAGAAGGGAGGGAUUUAUAAUACAUGUACAUGCAUGUAAGGCUUUGUCUGUUGUUAAAAAUGAAAUCAUUGAAAUGAAAAACAAUUCAUAAUUAUUUUUUAUUUUAUCAAAGAUUUUAAGAGUAGUACACAAUGUUUUGGAAUUCAGGGAGGAUUGAUUGCUAUAAAUAUAUAUAACUAAUACAGUCUGUGAUACCGUCAUGGUCAAUAGAUUUACAUUUGUGUAAGUAUUGUCACUCUAUUUUAUCAGGGUUUUCCAGUGGGCACUUGUAGCGAAAUUGAAUGGUGUAACCUCGAAAAUCAAUUAUCAAUCACACCUUGGUUGCAAAAAAAAAAAAAAAUCAUGUAUAAGUUAAUGCAGCUGUUUUUUAAUAUACAAAAAUAAAAAAUAUAUACAGGUAUUCAAAAAAAAAAAUAAUAAUCAAAUCUUUUUGAUUAUGGAAAAUUGAAACAUUAAUUCUGUAGAAAGUAUAGACUGGGAUUACAACUACCCUGGUAUACUAAUUCGAGUUGACAAUGUUGUUUUUGCAAAAAUUUUGCAUGCUAUUCUAAUUAAAUGAAUUACUAAGCUUAUCUCAUGUAUGUCAAUAUGACAUAAUUGGUAUCAAAAUAACAGUAAAUUUAUACACUGUAAAACUGUUAUGAUUCAUUUUCAAAUUUACAUUAGCCUGUGAAAUUAUUAACCAUUUUGUUAGGGUACCCCCUUCACUCAACUUGGUGUUAUACAAGGAGGUCCACUGUGACUAUCGGUUGAUAUAAUGAUAAAUUAUUUAUGUGAUUAUGGUUUAUUUUAAUGUAUACUACAAAUGGUAAAAAAUAAAAGAAAUUGGAGUGGGGGCCAGCGUUUAUGUUAAAUCUCCAUUGUCGUUGACCUGCCCUUUGACCCCAGUAGAUCAAUGAUGUCCUAAUGACAGAAAAAGGAUGUUAAAACCGCUUCAUUACUAUUUUUACCAUUGUGAUACGUUGAUUACAUUUCUUGUGUAAUAAAUAAUAUCUGUUGAUUA